AUGCAAACACAAGUAUAUGAGGGGUUGUGUGAAAAUUAUUUUUCUCUUGCUGAACCACAAAGACAUAAAAUCAAAGUGCUUCUUUUGGACAUACUGUUUUUUCUUCUCGCUCUUCUCUUCCUUGUGGAUAUUAUGGCUAAUAACACAACAAGUUUAGGGAGUCCAUGGCCAGAAAACUUUUGGGAGGGUGUUAUAAUGUCCUUCACAGUGUCCAUGGCAACUGUACUUGUAAUUGGAGGAUUUAUUUGGGCUUUGUUUGUUUGUUUCUCUCGAAGAAGAGCCAGUGCCCCCAUCUCACAGUGGAGUUCAAGCCGGAGAUCUAGAUCUUCUUACACCCAUGGCCUCAACAGAACUGGAUUUUACCGCCACAGUGGCUGUGAACGUCGAAGCAACCUCAGCCUGGCGAGCCUCACUUUCCAGCGCCAAGCUUCCCUGGAACAAGCCAACUCCUUUCCAAGAAAAUCAAGCUUCAGGGGCUCAACUUUCCAUCCAUUUCUGCAAAGUCCACCACUUCCCGUGGAAACUGAGAGUCAGCUAGUGACUUUCCCUUCAUCCAAUACCUCCUCCACCAUCAACACUUCCCACAGUCUGGGCCGUCCUGAUUUCCACUGGUCCAAUCACACUCUUCGGAUUGGCCUUUCAACACCAGCUCCACCUGCCUAUGAGUCAAUCAUAAAGGCUUUCCCAGAUUCCUGA